CGCGCUUCCCGCGCCUCCCUGCUGGCGAAUGCCUUUUGAGGACGACGGACUAUUCGGCGUUUUUGAAGGUUUUGAAGAAGGAUUGGGUCUUGGAAAGAUGAAUACCUUGCUUCAAAUACUCGCUUCCCUUAGUAACUGUGAUGCGACACUUCCGGUUUCCCUCGCGUGGAAUCGCUCCUCCAGGCCCUGCUGCCCCUUGUCCUGCAGGUGGUGGUGUCCUCCUGGGACACGCUUCCUUACACCCUGUGCUUUCUCCCAGAUUUGUGUCUCCAGCUUAGACCUUUACUCUGAGCUACUUUUAUUCUGUCUACCGACUGUCGCCCCACGCGGAUAGCUCAUGUAUCUCAACCUCAGCGAGUUCAAAACUGACCAGUUUCCAGCUCACCUCACCCCACACCUGCUCUUCCUCCAGGGAUCCCACCUCAGUUACUUGUGCCACCAUCCACCCUGUCCUGCAUCCAGAAACCUGGACAUCUGUCAUCCUUGACAUCUCCCUUUUCUCAACUCCUGAACAUCUCUCUGGUCAAUAAUCAAGCUCUAUGGAGUCCACCUCUCCAUGGCUGUAAAUUCUCACUCUGGAUGGACUCUUGCCAUCCUUGUCCUUGCCACCAUCAUCUAACCGCCUGCCUAGUCUCUUACCUGGUCUUCUAAGCAGGCCUUCCCCCUCUUCCCUUUGGAAUUGCUCAUACUCAUUCCUGCCCAUCCUUCAGAUCUCAGCUUAAAUAGUAUUUCUUCAGAAGUCUAGGGAGAGUCUAGUGCUUUCACGUGUGACCUUUUGUGGAAUCUUCACAGCCAUCCUAUGAAGUUGUAGAUUUUUCCAAUUUUACAGAAGACUUGAUCCGUUAGAUUGUGCAAAAUCAUACAAUUUCCUUAGACUAAUUUUCUAAACGCAGGCUCACUACUCCAAGAACGUGAAUAUGAGGCUUUUGGUUCUUAUUGUCACAUUGACUUAUGACGAGUUCUACAGUCCGUACUCCCACCAUUAAUGAUGCCUUCGUUUUCUCUCAUCAUCUUGACCACCAAGUGAUUUCAGAGACUAUGGAUAUACUCUUCAGAGUCAGAGGAGGCCUUGACCUAGCUUUCCAGCUAGCCACUGCUAAUGAAAUGUUUAUCCAGAAGGCACUAAAACAUGUGUUGAGUGACCUGUCAGCCAAGCUGUCGUCAAACGCACUGGUGUUCAGAAUUCGCCACAGCUCGGUGUAUGUGUGGCCUAACAGUGACGUAAACACCAUCCCAGGAGAACUGACCAGCAGCUCUGCUUGUAAGACCCUACUGCGCUUCAUCCAAUUUGAACAGGAAGAAGAUACAAAACGAAAAUUCAUGAGGAAGAAAGACAAAAAGUUACCAGAUGUGCAUCAAGUAGUAAACAUAGAUCUCAUGCUGGAAAUGUCAACCUCUCAGACCGCCGUCACCCCCGUCAUUGAAAGAGAAAUCGGAGGACACCACUAUGUUACCAUGACGUUGCCGGUUGAUGCCGUUUUAUCUGUUGCCCCCGAAGAAGCAUGGGGAAAGGUUCGCAAACUUCUAGUGGAUGCAAUUCAUAAUCAGCUAACUGAUAUGGAAAAGUGCAUUUUGAAAUAUAUGAAAGGAACCUCCAUUGUGGUCCCUGAGCCAAUGCACUUUUUAUUACCGGGGAGAAAAAAUCUUGUAACAAUUUCAUAUCCAUCGGGAAUUCCAGAUGGGCAGCUGCAGGCCUACAGAGAGGAGUUACACGAUCUCUUCAAUCUGCCUCAUGACAGACCUUAUUUCAAAAGGUCUAAUGCUUAUCACUUUCCAGAUGAACCAUACAAAGAUGGUUACAUUAGAAAUCCACACGCUUAUCUCAGUCCACCCAACAUGGAGACUGGUAUGGUUUAUGUGGUCCAGGGCCUGUAUGGUUAUCAUCAUUACAUGCAGGAUCGGAUGGAUGACAACGGCUGGGGCUGUGCCUACCGAUCGCUGCAGACCAUCUGCUCUUGGUUCAAACACCAGGGGUACACAGAGAGGUCCAUUCCCACACACAGAGAAAUCCAGCAGGCUCUCGUUGAUGCCGGGGACAAACCAGCAACAUUUGUGGGAUCACGGCAGUGGAUUGGGUCUAUCGAGGUACAGCUGGUCCUGAACCAACUGAUGGGCAUAACUUCAAAAAUACUGUUUGUCAGCCAGGGUUCGGAAAUGGCCUCUCAGGGACGCGCACUGGCUAAUCACUUCCAGAGUGAAGGAACUCCAGUGAUGAUCGGGGGAGGAGUUUUGGCCCACACGAUACUGGGAGUCGCAUGGAAUGAGAUUACAGGGCAGAUAAAAUUUCUGAUUUUAGAUCCCCAUUAUACAGGCGCUGAAGAUCUGCAGGUUAUUUUGGAAAAGGGCUGGUGUGGAUGGAAGGGUCCAGACUUCUGGAAUAAGGAUGCGUACUACAACUUAUGUCUUCCUCAGCGACCAAGCAUUAUUUAAAACUAGAGGCCCAGUGCGUGAAAUUCGUGCACUCGGGGGGAUGGGGGGGAAUCCCUCAGCCCGGCCUGUGCCCUCUCGCAGUCUGGGAACCCCAUGAUCGGUCACCCCAAAGAGGUAGGCCCAGCACACCGGUUGCAGCCCACUGGUUGGUGGCCUGGGCCUCCCUCUGUGGGUGACCCAUCACAUCGCACCUGCCUUGGCUGGCCUGGCGCCAGUGGGUGUCAUAGCGUGGUCGUCCAGACGGUUCUGCUGUUCGGCCGUUCGGUCGAUUUGCAUAUUACACUUUUAUUAUUAUAGAUAUCUUGGACUCAAAGACUGUAGUAAAGUUUAUUAUAAAUUUGUUAAUAAAAAAUAAGUUUAAUUUUCAAAUGAA